AUAUUUCAGUAUUUGUUAGUGCAAACAACCAUUUUUCUCUCUCUAAUUCGCUUUCUCUCUCUACGAAAACCCAAAAAUAAAGAAAUAAAAAACAAACCUUUUUUUUUUUAAAGCCUUUCCUCGAACAGUUCAUCUACAAAGCACAAUCUUUCACCGGCGAUUAUCGUCGUUACAAAACUGCCGUUGGAACAAAUAAAGAGUACCCAGAAAUUAAAAAAUAAAAACACACAAACGGAAAACUAGCAGUACUCGUCUUCUGGGUUCUAUUUUUACACGAUAGGUCAUUCCAAGAGCGAAAAGAGAAGCUUUAGAGAUGAAACGUCGUCGGUUUGGUGCUUAAGACUGUACAAAAAAUAUCGUUUAUUGGGUACGAGGUGGCGGUGAUGGGGAAGGUGGUGGUGGGAGUGGCGGUGGGGGUGGCGGUGGCGGCGUGUGCGGUGGCAGGGGUGGUGGUGGGGAAGAGGGUAAGAAGUAGGAGGAAGUGGAGAAGAGUAGUGGGAGUGUUGAAAGAGUUAGAAGAGUCAUGUGAGACCACAGUAGGGAGGUUAAGGCAAGUUGUUGAUGCUAUGGCUGUGGAGAUGCAUGCAGGGUUGGCUUCUGAAGGAGGUUCCAAGCUUAAAAUGUUGCUCACUUUUGUUGACCAUUUGCCUACUGGGAAUGAGAUAGGAACUUAUUAUGCACUAGAUCUUGGAGGUACUAAUUUUAGGGUCUUGCGGGUUCAGCUAGGAGGUAGAAGGUCCUUGAUCUUGUCAAAAGAUGUGGAAAGCCAACCUGUUCCUCAGCACUUGAUGGAAAGCACUAGUGAGGAGCUCUUCGACUUUAUUGCUUCAACAUUAAAGCAGUUUGUUGAAAAAGAAGAAAAUGGCUCUGAGUUUUCCUCAGUUAGAAGAAGGGAACUUGGAUUUACGUUUUCAUUUCCAGUGAAACAAAUGUCUACUUGUUCUGGGAUCCUUAUCAAGUGGACGAAAGGAUAUCAUAUCGAAGACAUGGUUGGAAGAGAGGUUGUUGAACGCUUACAAGCAGGACUGACCAGGAAUGAUUUGGAUAUGCAGGUUGCAGUGUUGGUAAAUGAUACUGUGGGAACACUAGCUCUUGGUCAUUAUCAUGAUGCUGACACUGUUGCUGCAGUAAUAAUUGGAACUGGUACUAAUGCUUGCUAUCUAGAACGGGCAGAUGCUAUUAUAAAGUGUCAAGGCCUGCUUACAACUUCUGGAGGCAUGGUUGUCAACAUGGAAUGGGGAAAUUUCUGGUCAUCUCAUUUGCCGAGAACAUCUUAUGAUAUUGAUUUAGAUGCUGAAAGCCCUAAUCCGAAUGAUCAGGGUUUCGAGAAAAUGAUAUCGGGAAUGUAUCUAGGCGACAUUGUUAGGAGAGUGAUUCUCAGAAUGACACAGGAAUCUGAUAUCUUUGGACCUGUGUCUUCCCGAUUGUCCGUGCCCUUCAAUUUGAAAACUCCUCUGGUGGCUAAAAUGCAUGAGGAUGACUCUCCUGAUCUGACAGAAGUAGCUCACAUAUUGAAGGAAACCCUGGGGAUCCCAGAAGUCCCUUUGAAGUUCAGAAAGCUUGUUGUGAGAGUAUGUGAUGUGGUGACCCGUAGGGCUGCUCGAUUGGCAGCUGCUGGCAUUGUGGGAAUUUUGAAGAAGAUUGGCCGGGAUGGGACAGGGGGCAUCACCAGCGGAAGAGGAAGAAGCGACAUAAAGAUGAGAAGAACGGUUGUGGUUAUUGAAGGGGGUUUAUAUACGAGCUAUACGAUGUUCAGGGAGUACUUGCAUGAAGCCUUUAAUGAAAUCUUGGGGGAAGAUGUUGCCCAACAUGUCAUUCUUAAGGCCACGGAAGAUGGGUCAGGCAUUGGAGCAGCACUUCUUGCCGCUUCAUAUUCAUCCUACAGUGUGGAUAGGGUACAGCUGCUAUAAUUAUAUAUUAUUUAUAUAUAUACAUAUAGCCCCUGUAAAUGUAGAAUUUUUUUUUCUUCAAUAUAUUAUUAUAAGGGUUGUUUCUAAAAUAUUUUCUUUCCAAAUGGGUUCCCCAUGUAUCUCAUGUUCUUUAAUUUUUUGUUUUUUUACUUUCCCACCCCUUUUCCAAGUCUCUUGUAUAUUGUUAUUAUCAAUGUGAAAAAUGUUCUUUGUUGAUCGAA